AAGAGUUACAUGCAAUCUUCGCACAUUUAUUAUUUUGUUGCGGUCCGGGAAUUUAUGUGAAAAUGCCCAAAAAUCCUGGUUCUCAGCCACGUAGUGAAGUAUCCCAGAGUCUGGUGGGUGCUUGGAAGAAUAAGUUAGAAUUCAAGAGAGUCUAUGAGGGAAUUUAUCGAAGGAAUGCCGAUACAGCUACCAAGAGGAAGUCUCUCAUUCGUAUGAAGAUAUGGAAGAGUCGCCUGAUGACACUUACACCCUCCAGUAUCCUGGCCACCCUUUCAAUUCUCGAGGUAAGCGUGAAAGAUGCCGAAAAAGGGAUAAAUGAUCAAGAUCUCCGUGCCAUGUACUCCACGGCACUCGUACGCUUCCUGAACUACAUCCAUUCAUCCACAAGGAGUACCAAGUCCUUCUAUAGUGUAGCCAAGGAUCUCGGAUUGGCUUCAUUUGUUGUGGAUUUGCGACACUUGUGCUCUCACGGACAAUCCAUGCCUUCGCUCAAAAUCUUCCGGCAGACCUUUACGUACUGUCUCAAGUGGUUGAAGUCCUUCUACUGGGAACCCCAACUACAUGCCAUGCAGGAUGCUAAAAUUGAGGAUGUAAAGAGGAACAAUAAGACGGCUUUUGAAAGGAAUCUCCGGACUCUCUUCAUUGCCUACGAUGGCGUGGCAGAGGGAAUGCGUAGGCGGAUGGAAACUCUGGGGCAGGUUUGUCUGCAAAAUACCCAUCAAGAAUUCCUCCAUUGGGUCUUCACGAAGGAUUUCAGUCAGAAAGAAAAACUCCCGGAUCUGGCGGAGAAGCUUCUUGGGGAGAUUUUUGCUGCCAUUAGUGCUGAACAGCAAGUCCGGGAGAUUGCUCAAAUCUUCACGGAGGCAUUCCUGGAGUGCAGCUGCUUGAUUAAGGCUCCCGCUGUGGCGGAGAAAGAGGACGAAGACGGUAUCAGUGUGACGGUGAUUCAUCAAAUGCUCUUCCGGAAGAUUGCUGAAUGGGCUUUUAUUUCAAACUGCCUAACAGCUCUCAUUGAGAUUGCGGAGUGUGAGACGGAGAAUGAAGUUAGACGCAAGGGAGCUGCUUUCUGGAGUCAGCGUCUCAUUGAGGGCUUUAUGGCCUUUCAGGAGCUGAAAUGCGUCUAUAAGAAGAACAAAGAUGCCGAUUCAUCGCUAAAUCUGGAUUUCUCCACAAUAAACACUCCCUCUGUCGAUGGAGUCAUCCUCGAAGCGUACGAAGAGAUGGGAAUCAUCCCGGAGACUUCGCUGAUCUUCAGUGAUUCCCUCCGGAGACCGUGGUGCUUGAGAUUUAGCUGGGAAUUCAUCAAAAAACGCGCUCUUCGUGCCUCAGAAGUCACCCUGAAGAUUUUUGAGAGUUGCCUUCAGCUCUCCGAUGCACCCCUUGAUGCCAAACAGCAGGAAAACCUUCUAGGCAUUGCAAGGAAAGUCUUUUCGGAGCAGGAAGCUCCCGAGGGGCAGACAGAUGAGAAAAUUUACACCCUUGAGGAUGUUUUAGGGGCAAAAACGCGUGAAAAUGCGGAUCUUUCCAUGGGAAUUUGGCAUGAGACCCCAAAAGAAAUUGAUUGGAGCUCCUGCCCACUUGGGAGUCUUCCAUGGUAAUCAAUUUCACUUUUAUUAAGCAUUUGCAGCAGCAAGUGAAGUUGUUCUGCUGCUGCUAAAGAGGAUCAAGUGAGUCUUGUUUCAUUUACCACACACACGCCGCGCUGAUAGAUUGAUGGGCAUGAAGAAAUUGUUGCGCUGGUCAAUGACAUCAUCACUGACCUGUUGAGCAAGCCUUUGUUCCUCCUCAACACAUGAUGGGCGACAGAGAUAUUGGAUUGGAAGAGCAGUUAACUGUUUGUCGAUUAGAGCUGAAAUUGGAGACAUAAGAAAACGUGGAAGAAUGGAUAAAUGAGAAGAAAAAGCAGAGGUUUCAACAUUUCUACGCACACGGAUUCUCUUUGCGCCCAUUGAUAUAUUUGUAAGAAUUAAUUUUUAAAUUUAAAGAUUUCUCUGUUAUUUUAUAAUUUCUUGAGACGAUAAAAUAAAUUAUUUGUAUUUCCUUAAAUAAAUUAAUUACCAUAAGUUAUUUGUUAAUUUUGUACGAUUUGUAAUGAAUCUAUGAGUCCAGUUUUGUAAAGAAUGUGAUUAAAAAAUUUAAUUUAA